AUGGCCAAAUCAAAUGUUCAUCAGCAUUCUUUCUCAACUAGUACUAAUGAUGACGAUAAUGUAAAAAGGCCUUCCUUGAUGAUAACAGGGCGUGGAAACAAUUCAAUCCUCGUAUUGGAGGACAAUACAUUACCAGAUAGUUUUCUUACACAAGACCUUGAAAUAUCAUGUUUUCAAGGUCAAUCCGAUGAUGACUUGUUAAUGGUCAGAAGCAAGACAAAUCAAUUACUAUUGUUAAAGAAUUCAGAUUUUGAAAUUUAUGAAGACUUUAUGGUUUGGACCAUGAAUGAGGAAGAAAGUAUUAGGACAGAAUUGAAGAAAAAGCUAAAACUUUUAGAAUUGGACGAAGAGGAGGAUAUUUCGACAGAUUCCACUUCAUUAAAUAGAUACAUUGUACGAUCUGCACCAUAUCGUGCAAAUAGAUUCGAGGAAAAUGAACAAGUCAUUUCAAAUGUAAAUAGAGAAACAAAUUCACAAUUAAGAAUAUUGUUUAUUGUAGAUAAAUUAUUGGGAGAAUUCUACGUGUGGAACGAUGGAAAGGCCAUAGAUAUUCAAGAUUUAAUUAAUUCUAAUGUGGCUAGUAUAUUGAAAGAAAAUGUAGCAGAUUUCCAAUACAAAGGAGGUUUAGCAGUGUGGUUGACUAUUGAUGGUCAGAUUUAUUACACAUUCACUGAAAAUUUUGAAACUCAAAUUUUGGAAGGUAGUUUAGAUAUUAAAAAGGCAGAGAGAGAUUAUGGAAGUGUUACUAUUAGAUCUGUUAGUGUUGGAUAUGGUCAUUUUUUGGCAGUCUCUACUGAAGGACUAUUGUAUUCGUUUGGCCAUAACUCAUUUGGCCAAACAGGAGUUGGAAAACAUGAGGAAUUCAUUUUACAAUUGAAUAGAGUGAAAGGAAUUCAAUCACAAAUUAGCAAGAUUUCCGCAGGCUCCAAUUUCUCUAUAGUUCUUACCCUCAAUAAUGAACUCUAUGCUUUUGGAGGAAAUCACAUGGGUCAAUUAGGUUUCAGCCCUUCCAUUAACAAGCAAUUAUUCGAACCUGUACAGCUUCAAAAAAAGCUAUUUGGAGAGGAGAAGAUUCAUUCCAUAGAUACAGGGGAUAGUCAUACUGUGGUUAGGACAAUCAGUGGAUUGAUCUAUUCUUGGGGCAGUAAUAAUAACCAUCAGCUGUGGCGAAGUAAUAUCUCUACAAACUUUCCACAACCAAUUUCUCCACACAUUGUGGAAUCACUCAAGCUCAGCAACACUUCAAUUAGAAAUAUCUUUACUUGUAAAGAUUAUACCAUUCUACACCGAGUUGGUACUGUAAAUAGUAUUAAUAAUAUAGAGUUGGAAGAUGGUGGUAAACUCAAAUUUAACACCAUUAAAAUUGGAAAAAAGAAGAAACCUACAACCAAUACAACUCCAAUUAUUGAGGAAACCUAUAUCGAGACUAAUCAAAAAAUUCUAGAACAUUUCACACUCGUAGAGGAGAUUGGGCGUGGAGCAGAAGGUAUUCUGCACAAGUACAUAUCCAAAACUGAUAAUCGAACUGUAGCAAUCAAACACAUGAAAAUUACCAAUGCAGAGCUUGACGAGUUCUUCCAACACACUUCCCAAAUCAAAUCGCUCUCCCACAAACAUCUCACUCCAUACCUUGAUGGUUUUUGUAAUAGUGAGACAGACAAAGAAACCUAUUGUCAUAUAGUUAUGCCUUUUUAUGAUACACUGACUAGUUUGAUCUUUUAUCAUGAAGAAGUUGAGGGUGAUGAAUCACUCCCAGAUACUUUCAAGAUUGCCUAUCAAAUUGCAGAUGCAAUUAAUUACUUGCACCAGUUAGAUUUGGUUCACAGAGAUAUUAAGGUGGAAAAUGUUCUCUUAGAUCCGUCUUGCAUUUCUAAAUGUGUCAAGAUUGCAGAUUUUGGUUACUUGCAAUCGACAAGACAAGAUGUAAUCAAGAUUACAAGAGACAGUCCAGACUUUCAAAUGAGAAGACAUGCUCUCUAUUUGGGUUCAUUACCAACAAUUUCUCCUGAAUUGAAAUCAAAAGCCGAAAUGUCUAGAGAGAAUUUGAGGGCUACAGAUAGUUUUUCUUUUGGAGUUUUAUUGUACAAUCUAUUGACAUUCCGUACAAAGGUUCGAUUGGAAAGUACUUCCUAUUUCAUGUCUGAUGCAAUUUUGAAAAAUUAUGAAUUGGCCUAUAAUAACAUUAGGGCUGAGCUUGUGGAGAAGGAAGUCAAUCCAAUUGCUAUUGAUUUGGUUUUGAAUUUAUUGAAAAAGGACUGGGCUGAAAGACCAACCAUGAAGCAUGUCAAGUGCGUUUUACAAAAUUUAAGCACUUCCAAUAAUAAUGAAAAGAAUGGAUUGUCCUUAUUAGAAUUUAAUAAAAUUGAAGGUUUUUAUUCUGAAAGAAGUGAGGAAAGAAGAGUUUUGCAUUCUGUUCUAUACUUGACAGUGUUCUGA